ACCGAACAACAAACCGUUAAAACUCCUUGAGAAUCAGUUAACAAAACCACCGAAAAGCAGAACACAAAGAAACACACAAGGAAGAAGAAGAAGAGUGUCGGAGCUCAUGGCCAUGGCUUCCUCGUCCCUUCGCCACCCACUUCGCCAAACUUCAUUCCCGAAAUGCCCAUAUCUUCCUCAUAAUUCCCAACUCCGUCCUCGCCUCCGGUUUUCCUCUCUCCGGUUCCCUUCUUCCACCAUUCGUGCCAGCGCAGCGGUUGCUCUAGAAUCGGAGUUAGGAACUCAGCAGAAUCAGAAAUUGGAAGUAGAGUUAUUUGCGUGCCCAGUAUGUUAUGAACCACUGAUAAGAAAAGGCCCUCCAGGUAUUAACAUGCCAGCAAUUUACAGGUCUGGUUUCAAGUGUAAAAGAUGCAGUAAGUCAUACUCCAGUAAAGACAUCUAUCUGGAUCUCACAGUUACUGCUGGUUCAAGGGAAUACACUGAAGUCAAACCAAGUGGGACUGAGCUGUUCCGGAGUCCACUUGUUUCAUUCUUGUAUGAAAGAGGCUGGCGUCAGAAUUUUAACCGAAGUGGCUUCCCUGGGCCUGAUGAAGAGUUCAAAAUGGCUCAGGAGUACUUUAAAUCUGCUGAAGGUGGUCUUCUGGUAGAUGUUAGCUGCGGGAGUGGUUUGUUUUCCAGAAAGUUUGCCAAAUCUGGGACCUAUUCUGGAGUUAUUGCACUUGAUUUUUCUGAAAAUAUGCUUCGCCAGUGUUAUGAUUUCAUCAAGAGUGAUUACACUCUUUUAACUACUAAUCUUGCUCUUGUAAGGGCAGAUGUCUCUAGGCUUCCAUUUUCAUCAGGAUCAGUUGCUGCUGUUCAUGCAGGAGCAGCCUUGCAUUGCUGGCCAUCUGCUUCCAAUGCUGUUGCUGAAAUCACUCGUAUAUUGCGAAGUGGUGGAGUCUUCGUAGGAACGACAUUUUUGCGAUACAAUUCAUCUACUCCCUGGAUAUUGCGCUCUUUUAGGCAGAGGAUUCUGCAGAACUAUAAUUACUUGACAGAGGAAGAGAUCAAGGACUUAUGCACAUCAUGCGGCCUCACCAACUACUCAAGCAAAGUUCAGCAGUCUUUCAUCAUGUUUUCUGCUCAGAAGCCUUAAAACUAUGUUUGAUCUAUUUGAAAUAUCAUUUCUCCAUAGCUGGUAUUACCUUGUUCCUUUGUUGGUUUAUAUAUAUAUAUAUAUAAUGUAUUUCAUCUGUAUGAUAUGUUGUUUAAAAUAAACAGGUUCGGAAAUGUUAUGACAUGGGGAAGAUGUAAAGUAUUACAGCUGUUUUAGUGCCUGAUUUAGAAAGAAAAAAAAAAUGUGACAAUGGUCUGAUUUGUUGUCUGUAGUGGCCAAAUACCAGCCAUUCUAGUGGAAUAUUGUAUUGAUUACAGUUUGAAAUAGUGAUGAAGCCGAGGUACAGAGUUGAUAAACCAGUAUAUUAAUUAAUGCCCUUCCUUACAAUGUAGUAGGGCAGAUUGGAAAAUUGGGUUCA